AUGGUUUUGGUUGACGCUCUAUCAAGCGACGGGCCAAGUAAAGAAAGUUUCACGACUUGGCACGAUGUUUACUCAAGAUUCUCGGAACAAAUCGGACCCCUCGCUGUGAGAGAAUCUGAACUAAAAGACAAGAAUAGUCACGAUACGACACAGCUGCUCAGAAUGCAUCACUUGGUCGGGCUGCUGGAAAUGAUGAUUCAGGAGAACUUGGUCGAUGCCGAAUAA